AUGGAUCGCUCAUCGUUGCUUCCGCAGACCGCAGCCAGACCGCGAACAGCAUUCGCAUACGUUCCGCUAGCGCUGACCUUGGGGUUAUUCACCUUCCUUUUCUUCUCGCGCCUCGCUUACGAAUCUCGCGACGCCGGUUCGUCGGUGGACGGUCGCGAUGAGGACGGGUUGAGCUGCGGGUUUCUGCCGAAGCUCUUUUCGCUCGUGUCCAAUGAGAGCCUCGCGUUGCACCUUCGGGAGCUCACCGCCAAGCCGCACAUCGCGGGCACCCCCGAAAACUUCGAAACUGCCCGUUACGUCAAGGAGAAAUUCGAGUCGUACGGCCUGCGAGCGCACUACGCGGACUAUCCCGUGCUGCUCUCCUACCCGCUGCGCCAGUCGCUCCGCCUCGUGCGCCCCGUCGUGCACAACUUCUCGCUGCGCGAGGAGCCCGUCCACGGCGAUCCGUUUAGCGCCUCGCGCGCCGCCACCGAUCCUUUUAACGCGUAUUCCGGUAGCGGGAGGGUCGGCGGGAAGGCCAGCGGGAGGGUGAGCGGAAAGGGGGCGGGAGAGGAGGAGGCGGAGGGGGAAGGAGCGGGAGAGGCGGAAGGAGCAGCGGUGGUGUAUGCGAAUUAUGGGCGCAUGGAAGAUUUUGAAGAGCUGGUGGCGGCGAUUGGGGAGGAGCAGGUGAAAGGCGCAGUGGCGCUGAUUCGUUAUGGAAAGACUUUUAGAGGGGAUAAGGGUGACCCAGCCACGCCUGGCUGGCCGUCCCACCCUGGCGGAGAGAGAUUAAGCGAUGAGGAAACAGCCAAGCGCCUGCCGCGCAUCCCGGUGCUGCCAGUGGGGUAUUCGGUGGCGGGGAGCAUCAUGGCGCACAUGGGGGGGAGGGCAGUGCCGGAGGAGUGGCGUGGCGGCAUGGAUGGCGUGGAGUAUGUGUUUGGGCCGGGGCCUGCUGCUGUUGACAUGGAAGUGCAGAUGAACGCCACUGUGACCAAUGGUAGGAUCAUUUGCUCUCAUCCGCAACGUUUAUUGUUGAGUAUUUUCACGAGUGUCUCCUCUCUCAUCCUCCACACACCUGCAUUUGUCUGCCUGCCCGCCCUGCCUAUUUCCUGCCCUGAUCCGCAGAUGAACGCCACAGUCACCACCAUUCGCAACGUCAUUGGCGUGCUGCCAGGCUCCCACCAGCCCGACAGGUGGCGCGUGCGUUUGGCCACAUGGCAGCACAUGGUUGGCCGCCUCGCCGCUCGCUUGUGUUUGCCAGCUGGGAUGCCGAGGAGUACGGAUCUAGGGUCAACCGAAUGGGUAGAGGACAACGUGCCAGUGCUAGCAACAGCAGCCAUGGCGUACAUCAACGUGGACGUGGCUUUGGGAUCAACGGAGUGGGCAGAGGACAAUGCACCAGUGCUAGCAACAGCAGCCAUGGCGUACAUCAACGUGGACGUGGCUGUGUGGGGGGGAGGGAGAGUGCUUCAAUACAAGUGCCAUUUCUUUCCCCAUGCCCAUGCCCUUCCCUAUGUUCGCCUCACACUACAGUUGGGAUCGACAGAGUGGGCAGAGGACAAUGCACCGGUCCUAGCAACAGCAGCCAUGGCGUACAUCAACGUGGACGUGGCUGUGGGGGGAGGGGGCUUCCAUGCCUCCUCCACCCCGCAGCUUGAUGACCUCAUCCGUGACGUCAGCAGCCAGGUAGGCAUGCUGAUGUCAGCAGCCACGUGCGCUGAUGACAUUGAGACAUGUGGUGGACUGGCCGAGAACCUGUGGCCAGUCCUGACGGUCCAGCUGGCGAGUCGAUAUUGGAGGGGUGGGCGGCUGAGCACAACACGUCAGAGCCUGAGGUGA